AUGAAGCCAAAGAAAGAAGUAAAUCAGGUGGAUGGGGGAAAGGAUAACAUACGUGAUGAUCCGCUCCCUAUUUCUCAUGAAUUUUACCAGCCAGGGGAUCUUGUUAUUGGUGGGAUGGUUUCUCAAGUCCUCUUUCUCUAUAAUGUACCUUCUCUAAUUGAACCACCUACACAGAUUGUGACUGAUGAACCUAUUUCGGUGCCUAAGGACUACCAGCACAUCCUGGCCUUAGCCUUUGCUGUAAAAGAGAUAAAUGAGAACCCCAAUAUCUUACCAAACAUUUCUCUGGGAUUCCACAUUCUUAAUAGCUACACUGCUAGCAUGACCUAUAAGGCCACCCUGAGCUUGCUUUCUAAACAACAAAGAUUUUCUCCUAACUUCAAAUGUCAAAAUCAGAACAAACUGGUCGCUGUUGUUGGAGGAUGUGUCUCUGAAAUCUCUGCCAAUGUGGCCAUCAUUUCAGCAAUCCACAAGACACCACAGAUGGUCCCCAAUGAAGCCCACCAGCACAAGGGAAUUGUGCAGUUACUUCAGCAUUUCAGAUGGACAUGGGUUGGGCUUUGUGCCGUGGAUGAUGACAAAGGGAAUAGGUUUUUACAGACAAUAGUGCCAAUGCUUACCCAGAAUGGCAUCUGUUAUGACUUCAUAGUAAACAUUCCAAAAUGGAGUUAUAUGGAUGAGAUGCUAGACUGGUUUUUUAAGCACAUGGAUGCUUAUAUCAUUGUCUUUGAAAGAAAGGCCAAUGUAUUUUUUGUAUAUGGGGAACCUCCAUCAUUUCAAGUUAUAAGAAUGAUGUUGUUUCUAGCACCCUUGGUGGACUUGCCACCUCUGGAUAUGGCUGCCUGUGUGAAAUGUCCAGAAGAUGAGUAUCCCAACCAUGACCACACCCAAUGCAUUCCCAAGGUCCCCAGCUACCUCUCUUAUGAAGAAGAUUUAGGGCUCAUCUUAGUUAUCUUGACUAUUUCUUUCUCUCUGAUCACAACAUUCGUACUUGGGACUUUUAUGAAGCACAAUAACACUCCCAUAGUCAAAGCCAACAAUCAGACUCUGACCUACAUCCUCCUCAUCUCCCUCCUGCUUUGUUUCCUCUGCUCCUUUCUCUUCAUUGGACAGCCUGGAAAGGUGACCUGCCUUCUCCGACAAAUCACUUUUAGCAUCAUCUUUUCUGUGGCCCUUUCCAGUGUUUUGGCAAAAACCAUUACUGUGCUUCUUGCAUUCAUGGCAACCAAACCAGGAUCAAGUAUGAGGAAAUGGAUAGGGAAAAGGCUGGCAAAUUCUAUUGUCCUUUUCUGCUCCUGUAUUCAGGCUUGCAUAGGUACUCUUUGGUUAAGUACAUCCCCUCCAUUCCCAGAUAUGGAUAUGCACUCACUGCAUGGGGAAAUCAUACUUGAAUGUAAUGAGGGUUCAGUGGCCAUGUUUUAUGGUCUCUUAGUCUAUAUGGGUUUGCUGGCCAUUGUCAGCUUCAUCUUGGCUUUCCUUGCCAGGAAGCUACCUGAUAGUUUCAAUGAGGCCAAAUAUAUCACUUUCAGCUUGCUGGUGUUUUGUAGUGUUUGGUUGUCCUUUGUUCCCACCUAUCUGAGCACCAAAGGAAAAUACAUGGUAGCUGUGGAGAUCUUUUCCAUCUUGUCUUCUGGUGCUGGAUUACUGGGUUGCAUCUUUUCCCCAAAAUGCUACAUUAUUAUAUUCAGACCUGAGCUUAACACCAGGGAAAUACUAAUCAGCAGAAAAAAGUAA